AUGUCCAAUGGACGAAAUACGGACCUAUUUUCUCCGAAUCCGAAUGACCCUCAGCGGCCAACCGCAAAGCGGUCUCCUUCGAUCUUGGUGACUGAUGCUAGAAGCAAUAGUGUCAAGGGAGCAAGAGCUCCGUUUGCAGGCCAUAAUUACAAGAAGCAACAGCAACAGCAGAAUCAGACACAACCAGGACCACAUUAUCCAGCAUCUUCAGGUCACCCACCUGGCUCAUCCUUACAUCGAAGGUUUAGUGCCCGUCUGAACAGGUAUGCAGAUAUCUCGGUGGAUAAGUUGCUUAGCAACUCCAGUGAUAUUCCUUCAGGUCAGAGUCGCCAUCCUAACUUGCAUCAGUCACCUCGCUUUGGCUCCCCAAGGCCGUCGCUGCCGCCCUUGGAGAAUGCUUUGCUGAGUGAGCAGAGAAAGCGAAGCAUCAGAAGCAUACCCAAAUUAUCGCAGAAUUUACCAGCAAGAACAUCGAAGACAUCACAAAAGUUAGUUUUGAUUCCAGAUGAUAAUAAUGAGGGCCUGGGUCCUCAGAUGUCUCAGCAUAUGGGGUCUCCUCCACCGGCAGACAGGUCUGAAGCACCUCAGAUUAAGAGAAGCAGAGCAGAGCUUAUGCCGAAAGAAGCUAGGGCACAAGAGUUUAGCAGAGUAACAGCCUACUUUAUAUGCGAGGAGUUCGAUACUGCAGCACUUAUCGAUUUUCUUCAAAACGUCCAUGAGGUGAAGCCAAGAGUGUACGACGAGUCAAUCUACGUUCCCUAUGCUUUGCCCCUCCUCCCUGGUGUGGAUGGCUUCAGAGUUAAGUCCAAUGACACUGCGAAAUUAUUGCCAAGUAAACGCUAUAUGGAGAAAAUGAUCCGAAAGUCGGAGCAGACUGACCACUUGUAUGAGUACUACUCAGGUGUGGAGACUCCAGAGGAUGUUAUGAAUUACUCAAUGGACCCAGAAGAUGGGAACGCAGAUAGCAGUGGCCCUUUCGAUCCAUCCGAGCCACAAUUUUUUGCCCCACCUCUUGAUACCGACAGUGAUAGUAAUAGCGAUUCCUCAUCAAGACCAAAUUCUCAAGGCGAGGAGCUGAAACAGGACAGAUUGAGUCGUGUUGCCAAGGAAGAAGCUCAAGCAGAAGUUAGCAGACACCACGCAGAAAUGUUUGUUCUUGAGUAUGGAAUUAUCGUCUUUUGGAAUUUCAGCGAGAUUCAUGAGAAGAAUAUAUUGGCUGAUCUUGCAUUCUCCCCCACUCCAAUCUUAGUGAACCCCAUCAGCGAUCAUGAGAUUGAAACUGAGGAGUUUCAUUUUGAGUAUGACUCUCUGAUUCAAAGACCAAGAAUCUAUAAUGACAUGAUCACACUACGCUCGGCGGAUCAUUUAAUUAAGCUUACGAUGUCUUAUGCAAUCGCACAACUGACGAAAUUGUGCUUGUUCGAGAGUCGUAUGGUCCACAGCUUGCAACUGAUCUCCAAGCUCCCCAAGAAGCUAGCACUCACCGGAAAAUUAGGAUUGAAAAGACAACAACUACUUAAGAAAUCAGGCAAGUUGUUCAAGUUAAGGGUUGAUGUAAAUUUGUCGAGCUCCAUUUUGGACACUCCCGACUUUUUCUGGUCCAUUGAGCCAGCAUUGCACCCACUUUACAGCGCCGUACGAGAGUAUCUCGAAAUUGAACAGCGGGUAUCCGUUUUGAAUGACAGAUGUAAGGUCUUUUUGGAAUUCCUGAACAUUAUAAGUGAUAGCAUUAACGAGUCGAACACUAGUCGCAUUACCACCAUGAUCAUCAUCAUCAUUGUCAUAAGUGUCUCCGUGAGCAUAUUUGAAUUCAUACUAGAGGUAGUAUGA